ACCUGAAACUUGAGGUACAACACUAGUCUCAGCCAGGCCUCACAGGUGCAUGUGUUUUAAGGUCCCCAAAAGAGCGCUUCUUUAAAACACCCCUGACCACAUCAGGGGACCCCAAACCCUUUGAUUCCCUUGCCAGACAUCUCGGCUCACUACACAACAAGUGCUGCUCGCAAUCGGAUGCACUUUUAGGCCAUUUAGGAGACAAAUAGCACAGGUAAACCAGUGCGCACCGCUCCACCCGACAGUCGAACGGUGAGGUUUUGAGCGAGUCGCAACAAAAUGCACGGCCCUUCCGCGGGCCACAUGACUUUAUUCUGAACGGAGACAAGUCUGCUCGCUGGGCCGUUCGCUUUUGGACCAAAAACACGGCUCCGUCGGUGACUUUUGGGCCGAUAUAGGCGAACAGAAAACACAAGUGAAAGAGCAUUUGGCCAGCCCAGAGAAGCCGAGCUGGGUGCCUUGAGUCUACAUGGUUCUCAUGUCGCGUUUAAGGCCAGCCCCCUGCUCAGUGAGGAGCUUCAAUAGUGCAGAGCAGCGUCUACAGCAAACUUCUCCUCGCAGACCGUGUGUGUGUACCGGACCAAACGACAGACAGACAUGGCAGAAGUCGCACCAGCACCCGCAGCAGCCGCGCCGGCCAAGGCACCCAAGAAGAAGGCAGCAGCCAAGCCCAAGAAAGCGGGACCCAGCGUAGGAGAGCUCAUCGUCAAGGCUGUGACCGCUUCCAAGGAGAGGAGCGGCGUGUCCCUGGCCGCGCUCAAGAAGACGCUGGCGGCAGGCGGCUACGACGUGGAGAAGAACAACUCCCGCGUCAAGAUCGCAGUCAAAAGCCUCGUCACCAAGGGCACCCUGGUCCAGACCAAGGGCACCGGUGCAUCCGGCUCCUUCAAGCUCAACAAGAAAGCUGUCGAGGCGAAGAGGCCCGCCAAGAAAGCCGCAGUCCCCAAAGUAAAGAAGGUGGCCGUAGCAGCCAAGAAGGCUGUCGCCGCAAAGAAGUCCCCCAAGAAGGCCAAGAAGCCCGCUACACCCAAAAAGGCCGCCAAGAGCCCCAAGAAGGUGAAGAAGCCCGCCGCAGCGGCCAAGAAGGCGGCAAAGAGCCCCAAGAAGGCUACAAAGGCAGCCAAGCCCAAAGCCGCCAAGCCCAAGGCAGCCAAGGCCAAGAAGGCAGCCCCCAAGAAGAAGUAA